AUGAAUGUUAAUCCACAGCUUCAGUACUUGCAGCAGCAGCAACAGCAACCGCAGCAAGUAUUAGGAGCUACUGGACUGUCACCACAAGUUUCUCAGUUACAGUUACAGCAACAGCAGUUGCAAAGACAGCAGUUGUUAAAUCAACAUUUACAGCAACAAACACAUUCUCAAUUAGGAGGAUCUGGAAGUUUAGGAUUCAAUCCUGCAAUGACAGCCUUAGGUAAUGCUAAUAAUGGACAGACUUCUGUGGGAAGUGGGAUGGCCGCAUCAAGCCAGAAUUUGAAUCCUGUUUUGCAAUUACAAUUACAGCAGCAGUUGCAACAACAACAACAACAGCAGCCUACUCAGCAAUCUCAUCCGUCAGCAAAUUUCCAACCACAGCGCCAACUGCAACUGCAACCACAUCAGGCACCUACUAUAAAAGAGGUCUGGAGCCAGAACUUAGAAUAUGAAUUUCAAUCGUUGCGUUCUUUUAUUGAAGAUCGCUCAUCCGACAUAUUCAUUGCAAUUCAUCAGGAAAUACCAGGGAUUGUUGUGAGACCUGUUGGCUCUUUUAAAUCUUCAUCAGAUUACCACUUCCAAACGUUAAGAUCGAAUUCAGAUUUAUUGAAUAUAAUUCAAUUGAGCUUGUGUGUCACCAAGAUCAACAGGAAUGAAACAAGCUCUUCAGUUAUUUGGCAAUUCAACUUUUAUUACGAUUUAAACUAUGAAAUGUAUAACGAGGAGCACUUGGCAAUGCUCUCUCAAACGUCACAAAUUAACUUCCCCAUGCACAUGGCACAAGGUAUAAAGCAGUUUUCCUUCGCAGAAUUAUUGAUUGAAAGCGGUCUAUUAUUGGAUGAUUCAAUAAAUUGGAUCAGUUAUCACGCGGGCUAUGACUUGGGGUUUUUCAUUAGCUUGCUAAUGAACAAAAACCUCCCUGAUGAAGAAAAAGACUUUUACUGGUGGUGUUCAAAGUAUUUCCCAAAUUUUUACGAUCUCAAGUUUUUGGGAAAUCAACUUUUGAACAAAUCCCCAAGCGACACAGAAGGAGGGAAAAAUUCCACUAACAAACCUUCUAUUGAAUACUUGGCAGAAGAGCUUCAAUUGUUACCAAUAUCUCCUGCAAUUCGCCAAUACUUUGCAACCUCAUCAUCUACUUAUUACCCAGGCCAUCAACAGCAAAUAACUUCAACAUUGCAUGCAUAUUUGUCGAUGGAAUGUUUCAAAGAAUUGCUCAGGAAAUCUUCUUACGAUCCAGGGGCUCUUAAAAGCUAUAAAGGUAUAAUUUGGGGACUAGGCAAUAUUUAUGGUCCGAAUCAAAACGAUGAUUUACAAAUACAUGAUGCUGGAGCGGGAAUUUUAACACCUAGUGGUUCAAAGGGAUUUGUUCAUUUUGGAAGACCCCUUCAAUAG